AUGGCUUCGGAUCAUCAGUUCUCUGUUGUCGAUUAUGUUGUUUUUGCGGGAAUGUUGCUGAUCUCGGCCGGUAUAGGUGUCUACCACGCAUGCGCAGGAGGAAAACAGAAGAGCACUAGAGAGUUUCUUAUGGCGGAUAAAAGUAUGCAGUUUCUACCCGUGGCGGUCUCGGUGCUGGCCAGUUUUUUCUCGGCAUCUACCUUACUUGGAACUCCAGCUGAGAUCUAUCAGUUUGGCACCAUGUACUGGAUAUCUGUCUUCUCGGCUGUAAUGGCGCCACUUACUGGAGCGUUUUUAUUCGGUCCUAUGUUUUAUAACCUGAAAGUCGUCAGUGUAUUUGAGUAUCUUGAGCUGAGGUUUCAUUCGAAAACUGUCCGCUUGUUUGGUGCUUUCAUCUUUUUACUUAGAGCGACUCUAGGAAUGGGUAUAGUAUUAUAUGGACCGUCAACAGCUCUCAGUGCAGUGACUGAAAUACCUGUUUGGGUUAUCAUAGUUUGUGUAGGAGCAGUUUGUACAUUUUAUACUACUAUGGGUGGAAUGAAAGCUGUAAUAUGGACAGAUGUGUUCCAGACGUUAGUCAUGAUAGCGGGAAUGCUGGCUGUAUUUAUACAAGGGUGUAUCAAUUCUGGUGGUAUUGCUGAAAUAUGGAGAAUAUCCGAUAGAGGAGGAAGAAUCUCGUUUUUUGAUUUUAAUCCCGACCCCCAUAUACGCCAUUCAUUCUGGACUUUAAUAGUGGGUAUAUAUUUUGUAUGGUUACCACCUUAUACGGUUGAUCAACAGAUGGUUCAAAGAUUCGCUUCAACUAAAUCUUUAAAACAUGCAAAAUGGGCAUUAUUGUUGAAUAUACCGGGAAUGUUUAUUAUAAUAACGCUGUGUUCUGUUACCGGUUUGGCUUUAUACUCUCAUUAUGCUGAUUGUGAUCCUCUAAAGAAUAAAGACAUCUCUAAUCCAAAUCAGCUUUUGCCUUAUUUUGUACUGGAUAUUCUGGGCCAUCUUCAAGGUUUACCAGGCCUUUUCGUUUCUAGUUUGUUCAGUGGGGCACUCAGUUCAGUGUCGUCCAUGUUGAAUUCCUUGGCAGCUGUAACAUGGGAAGAUUUCUUAAAACUAAAAUAUUCACAUCUACCAGAUGAAAAGGCAGCUAUAAUCACAAAGGGAUUGGUGUUUAUAUAUGGAUGCUUAGGUGUUGGGGUGGCGUUUUUAGUCAAGGAAUUGGGAGGAACAGUUUUACAGGCUUCCCUGACUUUUAAUGGCGCUGCUGGGGCACCGUUGGUAGGAUUAUUUAUUCUUGGAGCUUGUUUUACCAGUGCUAAUUGGCUGGGGGCGUUUGUAGGAGGUAUGUUCGGUCUAGGAUUCGGUAUGUGGCUGAGUAUCGGUGCCUAUAUAACUAAACCAUUGGACUUCCAGUUACCCACAUCUACAGAUGGUUGUAACAUUACGUCUAAUAUGUCGUCAUUGAUGAUGUCAUCAACAACAACACCAGUAUCCAUCAUGUCCACGUAUUCACCUUCUGAUCCAAGCAAACUAGAAAGUUUAGAGAAAUUAUAUGGUUUAUCUUAUAUAUGGUUCAGUUUGCUGGGUAUUUUAUCAACUGUAAUAAUUGGUCUUAUUGUUAGUUUAAUAACAGGUAAUAUAUACUAA